ACAAUUUCGUUCAAAAGAGGUCUCGUUGACUGGCGCAUCGAAGAAGAUUGGUGCAUCGAAGAAGAGAAAGUUUCGCAAGCAAGAGGAAGGAAGGGAAGGGAAGGCAACAAGCCCACCAUCGUCGCCUAUAUGCAUACCGGUGGAUGCGGUAGUAGACGACUGCUUAGAAAUCAUGGAUAUGUCAAGGGCGUCGGAAGAGAGCGACAAUGAGAAUGAGUCGAGGGCAUCCACCUUCGAGGCAGCACGUCGAAAGAGAGAGAGAUCGGACUUCAUCGGGUCUCUCUUCUGCAAAGGUGUGCCGUCUGAAGCCGAUAGUGUUGCGAGUAUUGCAUACGUGUCGACAAAGUCUAGUGAAAAGAAGUCUCGUACUGGUCGUUUUCCACUAAAGUCAACUGAUCUGCUGAACAAGGAGAAGAAUCACAUCUCCGUGGCAACUCCACACGCUAGCUCAUGUGGCUUCCCCGACACCCUGGCUGCGCUACUUCCUUCAUCUGGCAGAACCAUCAAGUCAUCGUCACGGUCUGAUAUGUGCGACUGUAACGGUGCCUGUGUCUCUUGCUGGGAUGCAUCUUCAAGCGGACAAGUGCUACCCUUCCCAGACAAGCGGUCCCCACAACCGGAUUCAUAUUCUAUUCCUGUCAUUGAAGACCUUGGAGUGACUCCCAAAUCCAGAGCAAGACCACACAAAUACAGCAUAAGCCAUGCCAUGAAUUCCCCCGGAGAUCCUAUUCCUACUCCAGCGCCCAUUCGAAAAAAAUAUUCUCCUUUGAUUGACAACAUCCCAGAGGCGUUUGCCCCAGCGCCACAACCUGUCGCAGCAAUCCACGAACUCCAAGAAGACGAAGGAGAAGUGUUCCCUGAACCAGUGAUUGAAAAAACAAAUUGUACACCGGAAGAAACAAUCAGUGCGGUGCAAAGUGCCAAUGAAGACGAGUUUCUCCCAGACGACUUUGUCGAAAACAAUGCGGGGCUCGUAUACACGGAAGAGGACUUGCAACAAAAAGUCGAAGAAGCUCUGGCUAAUCGAGAAGCCGAGCUGGAGAUGAAAUUUGCCGCGGAAAUCUCGGUCAUGUAUACAGAAGAAGACUUGAGAGCCAAAGUGGCAGAGGCUGUUGCCAAGCAAGAAGCUGAGUGGCAGCAAAUGAAACACGCCUCUGACUCACAAGACUCGGAGUUUAUCAAAGACUUGCAGAUUCAAUUACAGCAGCAGCUAGAAGAACAGGGGGCACAGUGGAACAAAGAUCUGCAGGAACGCCUUGAUGCCAACAAAAAUCACUACAGGAAAAAGAACUCGGUAUUCAAGACGCGAAUCGCCGAAUUGGAAGACAAGUGCCAGGCCUUGGAGAAGAGUCAAGAAGACGAUCGUGGAGAGCAUCAAAGACAAACAGAAAAGUUGAGAAACGAAAUGAGCAGGCGCCAAGAAGCGCAUGACGCAGAGAGAACGAGGCUCAUCAACGAGAUUGCAAAGCAAAACGAGAGGAUCUCGGAUCUCACCAAAGACAAGGCCAACCAAGACCAAAGCAUCACUCCUGGUUUCAUUCGAGAUAUUCAGCUCGAAGUUAGAUCAAUGCAAAUUGAAAAGGAUAUGUGGGAAGGCCGCGAAGCCGAAUUGAAGGACCAAGUACGUCGCUUGGAAGAAAACACCCAUAAGCUGGUAAAGACUGUAGAGGAUCGUAGAUACGAACGAGGGAUGGACCAUCGAACCAUAUCGGAGUUGAAGGCCAGAGUUGAGUACUUGACCGAAGAAAAGACAACUUCGCACAGUGAUCUUGCUUCUCUCAGGAAAAAGCUGUCAGCUCGUGACAGCGAGGUGACCAUGAUGGAAGCCAAGUUCCAUUACGCAGAAUCCAAGCAGGAAGAAAUAGCCGAAAAGCUCAAAGAGAAGCUCAGCCGGGAGCACAAGCUCAGAGCAGGCCUCCAACGCUGCAUCCGAAUCCUCUCUGUCCGUCCAAAUAUGGAUGCAGAAGCCACGACGCCGUUCGAUGAGUCAGAUUGGGUUGACUCGUCAUUGGAGACGCUCUUGCAGCUUGUCAACAGGCUUGGGGAUCAGCUAGACCACACAGAACAAAGAGCGAAAGAAGCUGAACUGAAUUUGCGCAAGGAGACCGAUUCCAGAGUCGCGGCCGAUCUGGAGGUCGGAAGACUCUCUUCCUUGCUGCAGUCUCGACACAGCGAGGACAAGGGGGUGCUUGAAUCAAACGGCACUCCUUCCGACGACGUUUCUGCUGUCAGUUCAAACAGUUCAGACACCCUGUCCGAUAGAAAGCCAAAGGCGGUUGAUGUUCAAGUUCAUGUCGACAACCAAGGGAUUGAAGGUGUCACAGAAGUCGCUGCAAACCCAAGUCACUAUGAGACACCGCCAAGGAAGGAAAAGCCCUCCAAACGCGAUGAAGCGUACCCUAGUGAUGGAUCGAAGGGGCAAGCAGCAACAUUAAUCAACAACUAUUUGAACAGGUACACAUCAGAAGUAAUGGCACAACUCAAGCAUGACAUUGAAGCCCUGAAGAAAAUCAUCCGUCACGAUGAUGCCAGUCCCAACCUCGAUCCCCAGUUGUGUCUUGUUGGAGAGGCAUGGGUGCUUCCGAAAUAUGCUGUGGACGAACUCAACAAACUUGUCGAAGAUAUCUAUGAGCAACUCAAGAAUCUACAAGAACAACAUGGACACCCUAGAAAGAUUGCGGCUGCCAAAGGAGAGUUACUGCCCUAUGGAGGAACUAGCGACUUGCUCGAACAACUGGAAUCUCAAAAGCUCGCUCUCGCGAAGAAAGAGAAAGAGCACUUUGACGAAGUGAGAAAAGUGCAAAAGCUCACGGAAGAACUUACUCUAUUGAAGGCUCGGCUCGACAAUUCAAUGCCCGACGAAGAGCGCGAUGACUGGCAACGUAGCGAACCACGCGAUGGGUCUCGCUCGUUGAUGGACAGCGACUCAGAUCUCCAAGAUGAACUUGAGAAUAUGCAAUCAAAACUUGAAGAGGCCGAAGAAAACGUCAACAAACUCAUGGAGGACGUCGAGACUAAGAUGGCUGAGAAAGCUGAAAUCAUUCGAGCACUGGGAUUGUCACACGAGAAGGCAACCCUGCUAGAGGAUCGCUUGACGCAGUUGCUGUCUAGUUUGCGUGAAAACGAAGCCGAACAAGUUUCGCAGCUCCGAACAGAGCUCCAGGAAACAUUGGAGAUCCAUUACGCCGAGAGUCUCUCGGAUGAAGAACGACAGGUCCAGGAAUUGCUAGUAAUGCUUGAGCUAAAACAAGACAACGAGAGAUUGACAACCAAGAUCCAGGAGCAAGAGGAUGCGGCCGAGUCGAUGACCGAACUUCUUGAGACGCAAGUUAUCGAUCUUACUUCCAAGUGCAACAACCUCGGCGAAACUAUCGAAAAACGGGAGCGCAAGAUUACCGCCCUCACAGAAGAGGCCUCCAAUCAGCAAAUGCACCAAGCCCUCCUCGAAAAGAAAAUUGAUGCAGUUAUCAGACACAUCGAAACUGUGGAGAGCGAACAGGAUCUUCAGGUGGAGCCAACCCUGACGCAAUCCGAAAGUGAUCUGUCGGGCAAUGGGCGCCCCGUUGACAUACAAAAGCUUGAGAGAGUGGAGAGGCAUCUUCUGUACAUCUGGGACGAAUUUACUAGGAAAAAGGUCGAAGAGCUCAAAAACCAACGGCAGCUUUUAGCGACAAUGAAAGACAACAUUGAAAAGCACCGCAACGAAAGUGAGACGACUAUUCAAGAUCUCCAGGCUAAGGUUGCUCAAUCGGAGCGACUUGUGGAGGAGGUCAGACAGGAGGGUCAGCAUACGAUCGAGAGUCUCCAGGCGAACGUUGCUGAAUCAGAAAAGAGAAUCGAGGAGCAAAAGAGUGAACACCAACUAUCGGUCCAGCAUAUGGAAUCCAAGAUUUCGGAGCUGGAGAAAGAACUUCUUGAGAAACAGCAAGAGGGCCACCACUCUACGGAAGACCUGCAGAUCAAAAUCUCCAAUUUGGAAGAAAACCUGGAAGAAGAACGCCAUGGACAUCAACAAAAGAUCAACGAAAUGCAGGGUGUGAUUUCAGGGCUGGAGACUCAACUUGAAGAUAAAGUUGCCGAGUUGGGAAAAGAGCUUGAAGAAAAGCAGCGUGAACAUCAGCAAGCAAUCCAAGUUUUCCAGGGCAAGGUCUCCACAUUGGAAAGUAGUCUUGAGGAGAGGCAACAUGAGAGCCACGAAACAGCACGGAGUAUGCAGGAUAAAGUUGCCGAGUUGGAAAAAGAGCUUGAAGAGAAGCGACAUGAACAUCAACAAGCCGUCCAAGAGCUUCAGGCCAGGAUUCUUGCAUUGGAGAGGAGCUAUGAGGAGCAGCAACACGAGAGCCAACAAGCAGCACAUGGUUUGCAAGCUAAGGUUGCUGAACUGGAGAAGGAGCUUGAGGAGAAGCGGCAUGAACGACAACAUGUAGGCCAAGAGCUUCAGGCCAAGAUCCUUGCAUUGGAGAGCAGCAAUGAGGAGCAGCAACACGAGAGCCAACAAGCAGCACAGGGUAUGCAAGCAAAGGUUGCAGAUCUGGAGAAGGAGCUUGAGGAGAAGCGGCAUGCGCAUCAGGAAGCCAUCGAAGAGCUCCAGAGCAAGAUUUCUGAUUUGGAGGGGACUCAACUAACCGCAGUCACUGUUGCUCAUUCGGAAAAGGAGUCAGUGAAAAUAGAGCUUGCCGAUGCCUUGGACGCUGUUUCCAAAGCCAACGAAGAGUCACGGCAAGCAUUCCAAUCCAUGGUAGAGGCAAACGAAAAGAUGGCAUCGCUUGCCACAGAAAAAGAAAAGCUGAGCCACAAGGUGACUUCACUGAAAACUACCGUUGAGAGUCUCACCCGAGAACUCGACCUCCAGAGUGAAUCACUCGAGGAACUAGAAACGGCGCGUGCAGAAAGCGCCAGACUGAAAGAAGAGCUUGAAGUAUCAACGACAGAGUCAUCAAGCAAAGGCGAUACUAUCAGAGAGCUCAAAUCGCAACUGGAGGCAAAUCGUGCGGAAUGUGAAAGAAUCGAGAAGCUGCUCAAAAUCCGAUCCGGCAACUUUCACGAGGAGCUCUUGAAACGCACUGCAGAGCUUGAAGAAAAGGCCAAUGCAACAAUCAAAAGCUGCGAGGCGCAAGUUCGAAAACUCCGCGACGAGCAUAGCAGAGAAAUCGAUGAGCUGCUGAAAAGUUUGGACGAGGUGGAAGCGGAGCACAGCGAAAGUGUUAGCGUGAAGGAAAACUCGGUGAAGGAGAAAGAUGCCAUCAUUGCUGCUUUGGGUGCACAGCUAGCUGAGUCACAAACACGGAUCCUGUCCAUCGAGCAAGCUGCCAAACAAAACCUUGAAGAAGCUCGAGACGCAUUGCUCACGGCCCAGGAAUUGGCAGAAGCUCGACAGGUUGAGCUGGAAACUCUUCGGGAAGCUUAUGAAAACGUUUUGGAGUCAGAACGGAUCAAGAGGGAGAACGCAGUCGAAGAGGCUAGAACUGAAACCAUACAAGAAGCAGAGCAGCAGUUUGAACACUUUAACGCCCUGUAUCGAACAAUGACUCAGAACUACAAAAGCGCCGCGGCUAAGGUAACCGAAUUGGAAACUGAGCUUGCCGCAACGCAACAAGCUUUGGAGGAACUGCAACAAGACCAUGCGACCCGCAUCGCAAGCCUCGGCUCUGACUUGGCCGAAAUGAAAGCAGAACAUGCCAAAGCAGAUGCCGAUGCCGCUCGGAGCGCAAAAGACUACUUCGGAGAUUUGGAAGCCUUGAGGGCCGCCGAGAGAGAUUUGCAGAGUAGAUUGACAGAGGCGGAAAAGAACAGCCGCUCUGUUCAAGACCUUCUUGCCACCCUUACGAAAGAAAAGGAAGAACUGAUAGCCGAGAACGAGGAGCUGAAGUCCGUAUGUGAAGAGGCGCUCGAGGCCAUGUCAACACAAUCCUAGGAACGAUGUUUGGUCGACCAUGUAGGCACCUGAACGAUUCAAUCGAAUCAGUUUGGUGUUGUGGGAAUUUUUGGUUUCUAUCUCUAUGCCAUUGUACGCUUUACUGUAAAUAGAAGCUUGUAUUACACUUCC